AUGUUGAAAACGGUUAAGGCUUUAGGAGACUGUUGUUCGGGAGUCCUCGUCAUCCAUGAAGGUGAUUUCGUCUUCUGGGUUUCUAAAUCUAGCUCUUCUUUUGACGUGGAUUUCGUAGCUUUUGAGACGGAACGCGAGAAGUCUGGUACGGGUAUGUCUGAUGCCUCCGUUUCCGGCAACCGUGGGGUUGCAGGUACUUCUUGCUCCCAUGGUUCUACCCAGCUUCACUUCCUUUUGGUCGAACGCGUCUGUGAUGGUGGUCCACCAUUGAUUGCGGCUCUCGAUGUAGGAGUCUGGCGAAUUUACGGAGAGAUUUCCAGCACACUGUUAGCGUCCAUUUGCUGCGGCUACUUGGGUCUUUCUCUGGGUGCUAAGUUACAGACAGGUUCUUUUGUCUGGUAUGGUGGUCGCGCAUUUUUUGGAUGGGUUUUGCCUUUGACCCGGACGUUUCUAUGGUUUUCUACGAAUCGGCUUAAGAAAGAAGGGCCGUCGCAAGAUAUCGACGUAGAGGAGGGGGUUGAAGGCAUGGAUGUAGCUCCAGCAGCCUCGGCUAAGCCGGUUCCCUUUUGGAUUGUGCCUACAGGCUUUCCUGCCGGUAUUCUCUUGGAAACCGACGAUGUAAAGGGGGGGGGAAGGAGGCAUGGAUAUAGCUCCAGCAGCCUCGGCCGAGCCGGGGAACGAGGAGGUGGGGAUGUUGGACGAGUUGGUGGUAGGGACGGACGAGGAGAGCGUUUCACGUGGGAUGGGUGGAGUGUGGUUGGAUGGUCGACUAUAUGUUGUUACUUACCAUCUGGACGGUUGUCAAACUCUGCGUCUACCCUGUCGUCUUCCCCGGUGUACCAAAAGGACAUAUCAGUCCUGCCGGCCCGAAGCUUGUUUGUGCCGUUUGGUUCGGAGGUUGAUUGUUGGCGUCUCCUUCGAAGAGGAUGUCGUCGUCUUCGUUUUGACCUUGUUCGGGUUGUGGAUCGUUCCUGUCGUCGUUACUGCCAGGUUGCGUCUCCUUGGUACGGUUCCUUGACCGACUUCUGA